GGCGCCCUUGUGUAUCCAUGGCAACUAGUUAAAAAAACAUGGCUGCUGAAGAAGAAAAUUUAAGAGAAACUUUCAACGAAAUAGAGAGUGAGCUUGCAGUACUCAAUAAAACUCCAGUCUCGUUUGUUGUCGUUGGAAAACCAGGCUCAGGAAAGAGCACUCUAGCAAAGAGGCUAGCUGCUGUCUGGAAAUGUCAGCUAGUUGAUGGUACAAGCACUAUUGAACAAAUUAUUAAAGAAGGCACUUCUGAACUAGCUAAGGAAGUCAGACAAGUGUUGUAUACUGGUAAAGAAAUCAGUGAAGAAUUAGUGGCACGGGUCAUUAAGGAUAAACUAGUCUCAUCUGAAAUACAACAUUAUGGAUAUGUUCUUGAUUGCUUGCCUUCGUUUGAUGAAUCAUGGAAGAAUGUUCCACAGCAGAUUGAGUUUUUGAAGACACUGCCUCAGCCACCCACUGUCAUAAUUAAUUUGAAGAUACCUGAUGUAGACCUUUUAAAGAGGAGAGUUGGUCAAAGAGUUGAUCCAAUGAAUAACGAAGUCUUCAUUAAGCCAGUCUAUGAUCCUGACGGCCCUUUAGCUAACGCACAGCAAAAGAAAAAAGACGACGAUGACGAUGAAGACGAAGACAAAGAAGAGAGUAAAGAAGAAAUGGAAGAUGAUAUGGAUGAUGAGGAAGGCAAUGCUGAUCGAGAUGAGUUUCAAGAUGAUUUGGGUGAAGUUGAUAGCCUCCAUUUGUUAGCUCCUAACAUUGCUGAUAGGUUGGUCAUAAGGGCCAGGGACAAGAUGGCUAAUGUGAAGGAAGAGAUUAAAUAUUACAAAGAAAAUGUCCUAAGUCAUAUUGAGGAUUAUAUUAUUCAGCAUAAUCAUCAAUAUGUCAUUGAAUUGGAUGCAAGUCUCUCUUCAAAGGAGCUCUUUAGAUCUCUUUUGUUGCGUCUCACUGCUCUUGGUUUAAGGAGAGCCAUAGCUCCAAAGCGUCUAGUUGAGCCAGAGGAUGAUGAAGUUGAUAAUGACAUUGAACACACAGACCCUAACAUGUUCCUUGCUCAAGUAGCAGAUACUAAUAUUUUAAUGCCAAAAUUUCGUUGGAGGAGAUCAAAAUGGGGCCAGUUUUGUCCAGUUGAAUUAUACAAGGGUAAUCUUGUCAAGGGAAGACUGGAAUAUUCAGUUGGUUUAAUGGAUAAGAUGUACUGCCUCUCAUCCAAUACAGCAUUUGCUGACUUCAUCAGAUGCCCCAGACGCUAUCUCUUGCCUCCUUCCCCUCGGAUACCCUGCAAGAUAUGCGUAUUAGGUCCUCCAACUUCUGGAAAGACUUCUUUAUCGAAAGCGUUAGCUGAGCACUACAAUGCAACAGUUAUUAGUGUUGAAGAGUUGGUGAGACCAGUUUUGGACAUUAUGAUGGAGAAAGCAGUUGAUGAAGCAGUUCAAAAAGCUAGAGAUGAUACUGUGGCCAGACUAAAGGCUGAGCAAGAAGUUCUCCAAGCACAUAAAUAUGAAGAUGGCUCAAGCCCACCUCCAAUAGUCAUCCCAGAGGAUCAUGCUGAUAUACUGACAGCCAUUAAAGAAGCAGAAGAGAAGACAAGAAGCAAAGGAGGCGACCCAUCUCCUGAAGUUUAUGUAGAAGCACUUUCUCUUGGCAUACAACAAGCCGAAGAGGCCAGGAGGAAUUGUGAAGAUGAUGACAGGAUAUAUGGUGGCUGGGUUGUUGAUGGAUUCCCACUAUUAAGAGAGCAAUGGAAUACAAUGGUUGAGUCUGGCUUUAUCCCAGAUGCUGUCAUUAAUAUAGAAGCAGAUGAAGAAGGAGGCAGCAGAGUAUUAAUGAAACGAUACUGUGAUGCUAAUGACAUACCUUACCCUGAGGAGAAGGAGAAAGCAGCUAACACUGAAGGAGCUGAAGAUGGAGGGAAUAAAGUGACUGUAUUGCCAGAGGAGGUGGAGAAGUGGCAGAAAGAGAUUUCGCUCUAUGAAACACAAUGGAGCUCAUUGUUAAGCUCCAUUAGUGCUUCAAGCACUGUUGAUCAGUUCAAGAUAUCAACAUCAUUAUCAGUGGAUGAUGCUGUGAUGACUGCUGUACAGCACAUGGAAGAUAUAUUCACUUUGACUCCAACUGAUAUCUCAGGACAAGAUGAAGAAGAUGAUGGUGAUGAUGAUCCUGUUCUUCAUGAAGUUGUUGAAGAAGAAGAAGAAGAAGAGGAUGAAGAGAGAGAGGCAAUGGAAGCUAAAAAGAGAAAGCCUUGGGGCGACAGUUAUCAUUUCUGUCCUGUUGCUCUUUUUGAGAGCAAUGUCCUCUGGCCGGGACAAGCUGAGCAUGUCGUCCGAUAUAAGGACAAACUUUAUUUCUUUAGUUCUGAGGAGGCAAAGAACAAAUUCCUUGCUAGCCCAACCAAGUUUGUUGGUGAACAUAAACCACUUAAACCGCCUGUCCCUCGGAUUUUCCUGCUAGGACCCACGGCCUCAGGAAAGACUGAAGCCGGAAGGAUCCUUGCCAAGAGACUGGGAGUGUUUCAUAUUUCAUUCAGAGAGUACCUUCAAGAUCAGAUACUCCCGAAAAUGAAAUGGCCCCCACUCCUGGACCCUGAUGAGAGAGAAGGGGUUGAAGAGAAGGAUAAAGAAGAUUCUGAUGAUGAGAUUGAAGCAAUGACAGGUAAUGAUCUUGAUGAAGAUGUAAUGGAGGCAUUGGAUGAGAGGGAGACAGAGCUAAGAGCACAUUUACUGAACAGUGAGCCAUUGUCAGAGGAAGCAUUAGAAGACUAUGCUACCGAGUUUUGGAAGGAAGAGCCUUACAAGUCAACUGGAUUCAUUAUGGAGGGUUUGCCUCAUCACGGAGAUGACUUGAGAUAUCUCUGCUCUAAAGGACUCUAUCCUGAUGCUGCUGUCAUACUAGAGAUUGAUGAGGAUAACAUGUUAGACAGGGUCCUACCAAAAAGGAUGAACAUAUGGAGGGAUAGGAGGAACAGAAAGCUUGAAAGGAAAAGACUAGCCAGAGAAAACGCACUGAAAGAAUGGGAGGAGAGCAGAGCAAAGAGAAAGGUAGAAAUUGAGGAAGACUACAAAACUAAAAAAGCCGAAUAUGACGCAACCAAGAAACAGCAGCAAGAGGAAGGAGGAGGGGAAGAUGGUGAAGAUGAGGACGAUGAUGAGGAGGACCCUUUCAUUGACGAGUUUAACGAGCAGUUAGCUGAAAUAGAAGCCGAAGAGCCUCCGGAAGAAGAGGAGGAGGAGGAGGAGACAGAGGAAGAGGUGGAGGACAGGAUGAGAACAUCCAUACAUGAGAAAUACGAAGAACAAACCGAAUCAUUAUCAGGAAUACAAGACGUGUUAACUGAAUUUCAGAUUCCUUGUCACACAAUCUCUGCCAGUCGUAAAGUGUCUGUAGUGAUAUGCCUCAUGCAAAAGGCAAUGAAGCAAUACUUCAGCAACAGAAGUGGGAUACUAACUAAAUGUACACCCAUUGAUCCAUUUAGUGCCAAGAAACUACUAGACCAUAGCUACAAGCAAAUAAGCAAGUUCGGCUACUGGUGCCCUGUCAAGCUAAAGGAGGAGCCACACUCCAUUCUUCCACCUCCUUCUAUAAAGGCUACAUUUCCUGUUAUUUAUCGUCAGAGGGUCUAUUUCAUGUCCUCUGUCUCCCAUCGCUUGGAGUUCAUUGCUGAUCCAGAGUCAUAUCUUGCUCAGGAAGUGCCUCACUUGCCCGUACCAAUGUGUCUAGCAAUUGUAGGCCCACCAAAAUCAGGAAAAACUACAGUUGCAGAGAGGUUUGUUGCUAACUAUGGCUGUGUUCGUCUCUCUAUUGGUGAAGCAAUAAGACAAGUGCUGGACCUCUUCCCUGACUCAGACCUAACGGAACAAAUGCUCUCUCAUUUGAGAGUCGGUCAAACACUGCCUGAUGAGCUGUGUGUGCUAGCGCUAGAGAGAGCACUGCUGGAUGUAACCUCAUCUACUAGAGGGUAUGUACUUGAUGGUUGGCCACUAACCAAGGCUCAGGUUGAUCUAUUGAAUAAGUAUCGGAUCAUACCGGUUAGAAUAGUAGAGAUAAAGAUCACUAAUGAAGAAAUGCUGAAGAGAGCUGAGUUAAUAAGACAAUCGGACACUGAACGUCCAUUUCCAGUUCAUGAUUCGCCAUCAAUAUUACUAACAAGAAGUGGUCAUUAUCACAAAAAUGUUGAUGCCAUUAGAGACUGGUACAGCCAAGAGCACGACAACUGGUCCGUCAUCGAUGGAGAGAGAAACUGUUGGCACGUUUGGCGUCAGGCCCACACUGUAGCACUAAAAACUGCAGUACAGAUACAACAGUAUCUUGUUAGAGUCACUGAAGGUAGUGCUGCUUCCAUUAAUUGCUUGUGUGUGACACAGAAAGAGUUUGAAGCUCGUCUUGGUUCGUUUGGUGAUUAUUGUCCAGUUAGUUUUGUGGAAAGAGGAGAACUUUGUGACUGCUCCGGUCAGCUUUCUCUUGAAUACGCAGUAGAAUAUAAGUCUCAUUAUUACAGGACUGCAGGAGAGUCUGAGCUAAAGUUAUUUCUGUCUGAUCCUGGUUCUUAUGUUAAUCCAGAGGUUAAGCUGCCUCCUGAUCUUCCUUGCAGGCUCACUGAAAUGGAAAUAAAACAAAUGUUUCCGAGACAAUUUGAGAUUCGAGGAUUUUGUCCGGUUACUUAUUGUGAUGGAAAAAAGAAAUAUAAGUCAUUGGUUCCUGGUGACUCACAAUGGUCUGUUGAAUAUAAAGGGAAGCUUUACUGUUGUGCCUCUAAUGAGAAACUAGACAAAUUCAUGAGGCGUCCAUUUGAUUAUGAGGUGACCAAGUUACCAGUUAAACUACCUCCCAUCAAACAGUCCCUCCCUGUCAUCUCCUUACCAAUGCUUGGCUAUAUGGAGCAGUCUGUGGCUACACCAAUCAUUAAUAGUCUCACAGCUGUUGGCUGUCUCAAGCCGAAGUUCCCAUUUCUCACUGCAACGCAGUCUGCUCUUGUUUUUGUUGCUCUUCAUCUUAAAGCUUACAACCCAAGGAGUAGCCCCUACACACGUGAGAAGUACAUUCUCAAACUGGAGCGGUUCAAGGAGCACUGUAAGCUCAUUGCUCUCCUUGGAAAGGACAUGAAGAAUGGAUAUCAGGAGCCUAAAGAGAGACCACUCGAGUUUGAGGGUCGCAUGGUGAAGUUUUUGGAUUUAAUCAGAACAUAGUUAUAAUACAAAAAAUAACAAAAAAUAGAUUACAGUUUUACAAUACACACUAAUGUGAUGCAUGGAUACUAUUAAGUUAUUAUAAUAAUCCUUAAUUCAUUAAAAAUUUAAAGUUAUAUUUUUAUUAUUCCUGUACAAUUUUUUUUCACUCCUGGAAAAAUGAUUAGGAUAUUACA